AUAGUUAACGUAGUAAGUUCUGGGAGUUGGUUCUUCGGAUUCCCCAAUCCGCGGCUUUAUCAAUCAAGUAUUCUCAAUGGUGGGCGUAUCCAUUCUAGCAGCUAACAUAACCGAAAUCUAUGUGCAAAGCUUUUUAUACGGCCUGUUUUUCAUUCUUUCUAUGAUUUCUUUCUACGCUCUUUCCAGUCACCACCAAAGGAAUGCUGGCAUAAUCGGGCCCCAGCCCUCCAUUGUCUUUCGAAGGCCUAUGUUCUUAGGAACAGUCCUGCUGUUCAUUGUUGUCACUACACAUUGGGCACUGACCUUUGUUCGCUUUUUUCAAGCGUUCAUCUACUUUCGUAGUGGUUCUUCUCCGUCCACCUUCUUCAACAGCGAGACAGAAUUAACAGAAAUUAUCCAAAUUGGCUUCUUCAUGGCAUCUCUGGUACUCUCGGAUGCCAUGUUUGUAUAUCGCCUAUGGGUUAUUUGGAGUUAUAACAAAUCAGUGGUAAUUUUUCCGCUCUGUAGCCUCAUUGGUCUCACAGUAUGUGCUGUAGGCAUAACUUUUCAGUUCACUCAGUACACCAGUGCCGCAGAGUCCACGUACCUCCUCAUUGCAGCUCGGUGGAUUCUGAGUGACUGCGUUUUUACUCUGUGUACGAACGUGUACUGUACAGUAAUGAUCUCAUGGCACAUUUGGACUGUUCACAAAGCAUCGGUACCUCUAGGAAGUAGACAUCUUAGGACAGUCAUGGCUAUCUUUGUCGAGAGUGCGGCGUUAUGCACCACGUGGACAAUAUUUUACUUCGCUGCAUACGAGUCCGAGUCCAACCUUCACGACUUUGUUCAGGGCACAUGGGGUACUAUAUCUGGUAUUGCAUUCAUGCUCAUCACCGUGCGGAUAGGCUUGGGGUGGAGCAGUAAGACAGAACACAACGACACUAUAACUCAACUUGCAAGCCCAAGAUUUGCUGCUCGAUAGAAUGAAAACCAAUCAUAUUCCAUGCAUGCUGGGCAGGUCAAUAUUCUACACGAGAUGAGAUGGUUAAACCUGACAAUUUAACAAGAGGUAGUUCUAGGCAUGCUUGAUUUAUGUUUUGCUGUAUUCUCGGUUUUUAUAAAUAUUUUGUAAAUGCUAACCGCUCAAAUAAAUAAAUAAUUCAAUGGCCCAA